UAUAACUUACAGUGUAACCAUUUCAAGCAAUGAUCGGUGUCGAUCGAAAGCAGUGGUAUGUCGAUCCGUAUUUCAUAAAUCUUGCUAGUUGGUCCAAUAACAUACGUGUCGUGUUUGUGUUAAAAUAAUUGUGAUAAACCCACUUUAAAUAAUCGUAAAUAAAUAAAUCACUUCAGUAUUAGUGUUUGUAAUGCGUCAAAUUCAGGCCGAAGCGUUUGAGCUGGAGCAAACGCCAGCCACUAAGGAAGAAACUCACUACCCUCUCUUCUGCUCCGUGCGUUUGACCUACGCAAUAUGCGCCUUCCUUGCCAUGAUUAUGCACUUAUGUAUGCGCAAUAUAUUCAAUUUUACCAUACUUUGCAUGGUGAAGCCGCACGCUGAGGUAAAUGUGAAGGUCAGCGGUAAUGAAUCCGAAAAAUUUGUGUACACAACUAUAAAUAAUUCAAGCUCGAAUGAAAAUUUGGGCAACAUUCCAUGGACACGUCAAGAGGAAUUCGCUAUACAAGCUACAUUUUACUAUGGUUACUUAGUUACCCUGCCAUUCGCCGGUCGUUUAGCUGAUAGAUUCGGUGGUAAACUAUUUUUUAUACACUCUGUGACAAUUCAAGCAGUAUUAUUCAUGUUGAUACCAAUAUUCGCACACAUCAGCUACAUCGGAACUUCCGCGAUACGUCUGCUGCAGGGAUUAGUAUCGGGUUUUGGCAAUCCAGCACUGUAUCAACUCUUCUCUACUUGGGCUCAUCGCACGGAGCGUAGCACCUUAGUAGCGUUCGCCUAUGGUGGUUACUCGGUUGGUACUCUGAUUGCCUUUCCACUCUCAGCAUUACUUUGUCGUUACAAUUGGGAAUUAGUAUUUUAUACAGUUGGUAUCGUUGCAUUGGUUUUUGGUAUAUCAUGCCACUGGUUGGUUUAUAACACAUUGGAAGAACACCCUCGAUUGUCAGAGGCGGAACGUGCAUAUUUGAAAUCCACAAACGAUGAAAAGUCAAUGUCAAAGAGCAUUCCUUGGAAGCACAUUCUGAAAUCUGCGCCUGUUUAUGCUUUUAUAUUGACGCACACUUUGCACAGUUAUGGCUUAAUCGUGUUUGCAUUGAUGCUGCCGCGUUUCCUGAAAGAGGCUCUGGGUUUCACUUUAUCUGAAACGGGAAUAUAUGCUUCAACACCAUUUCUGGGUGGCAUUAUUGCGAAAAUCAUCAUCUUUCCGGCCUGCAGGUAUAUCGAAAAGAAGCCGAACUAUAAGCCAACUCUCUAUGGAAAAAUAUUUUAUGUGUUAUGCAACGUCUUUACCAUUAAAUUUCUGGUUGUUGUUAUGUUGUUGAACGCCAACCAACGCAUGCUUAUCAAUUUAUGCAUUCUGUUUGUGGGAAUUUUCUCCGACAUGGCAUUUUCUGGUGGCUAUUGGCCCAGUUUAUUACACCUAACACCAUCGUAUGCCGGUUUACUCUCGGGAAUUGCGAAUGCCUUUUCAACAAUUGACGGUUUCAUUUCACCAAUUAUCAUUUCCGCUAUAGCUGUUCAGGGCACCAAGUCUGAAUGGAAUUAUGUAAUGUUUACAUUGAUUAUGGCCUACUUGUUGGCCGCAAUGGUAUUUGGAGCGCUUGGCAGUUCGGAAACUCGAUCGUGGAACAAUAUAAGAGCAGAUGAAGAUGCUUAAGCUUUUAAGAUUGAAAAUAUUAGAAAACUGUGUUUUUUAAUUGUUGUGAUAAUUUUA